AUGAAAUUUGGAGUCCCGAAGGAAAAUCUAGAUCAUGAUGCCAGAAGGCAGGAGAGGCAUCAUCAGCAGAUGGGGCAUGGGAUGCUUGGAGGUGGGGGGGGUAUCCCCAGGAAUGUUAGGAGGUGGUAUGCCAGGACUAGGUGGCAGUGGUUGCCAGGGCUAGGUGGAGCCAGGAUGCCAGGAUUGGGUGGAGCCAGGAUGCCUGGAUUAGGUGGUAGUGGUAUGCCAGGAUUGGGUGGUAGUGGUAUGUCAGGAUUGGGUGGUAGUGGUAUGCCAGGAUUGGGUGGAGCAAGGAUGCCAGGAUUAGGCAGUGGUGGUAUGUCAGGAUUGGGUGGAGCCAGGAUGCCAGGAUUAGGUGGUAGUGGUAUGUCAGGAUUGGGUGGUAUGCAGUUACCAGGAAUGGCAGGAGGAGGGGGCCUACCAAAAAUACAACCUCCAGUCUCUGGCAGGGCUAGGUAUUUUCCAGGAAGUGGCCCAAGGCCUAACUUACCAUUCUCUUGAAGAAAUUCUAA